AUGGAGAAGGAAGUAGUUGUCACGCCUGCUCGUAAGGCUGUUGAGCCACCUGUUCAAUCUGCUGCCGCACCGACCCCAACACCACCUGCUCACACACUAGCGCCCUCUUAUGGAGCCAAAAUAACACCAACCUUCGUCCCUCCAGCAACAGUCUCAUAUCCCCAGAAUCUCGAGGUAGUUCAAGCUCCUCUAGCAAACUCUUAUCCCCUUCAAAUCCAAACCCACGGGAACAGUGGGGCGAUGCUUCCACUGAACCUUUCCUCUUCCGACGAGCACCGAAAAGCUGCUGAAUCACUAGAGGCAUUGCGUCUUGUGGAGGCUGAAAAAUAUAAGAUCAUUGCUGCAAUGAAGCGUUUCCUGCACGCUGCCUCUAAAGACUCCGGCUAUGACGCGCCCGCUACUGAAAUCUUGGAUCUCAUGGAAGAAGCAAGCAAAUAUCUUCAAAAGUUCUUUCCUGAAGGACUGCUCGGUCUUGAUGAAAACCAGCUUAUCUGGAAAGAGUCGAUCGUUCAGUUUUGGGACGAGCUUCGGCCCCAUGGGCUUGAGAUUUAUGAGCAUCCCGACAAAACGCUGCAGGUGUUCUCGCAACAGUACAAGACCAUCGCCAUCUGGCUGGGAAUAGGACAUUAUCUUGGAGACCUGAUGAUGAUCACGAAGUCUGUUGUGCCUUCAGUCCAGAUCCCUGCUCAGAACCAACAGAUUUUGCCGAUGGCACAGAUGCCUUCAUCAUCUACCGUGCAGCAGAAUGCAGCGCCAAUGAUCUCCUACCCACUGCCGUCAUAUCAACCAAAGCCCCAACAACAUCUACCACAACCUACCCCAUUGAGUACGCAAGCUCCGCCAGCACCCGAGAUGCAGACACAGUCCAUCCCCUCCACAUUCACUGCCACCAUCCAGGCUCCCUUAGACCCUGUAGCGCAAACGCCACAGAGUACAUCGACUACCUUCGCGCCUAUUCAACAACAAUCUUUUCAACAGCCGCAAGCUACCCAAGGUGCACCAGGCCCACUCGACUUCAAUAGCUAUAAGUGGUGCCAGAAUUCAGAUGAGGAGCUCCUUGAACUGACCUGUGAGUCAUUUCGGUGGCCUGAUGCUGUCGACGGCCAAACCAAAAUAUGGUCAUAUUCCUCCAUGGGUGGUCUCAAGUUGCCCGAGCAGCUUCCGAAAUUUGUCACCGGGUACUACUUAAAGUCAGAGCUUGACAAAGUAGCCCUCGAAUUCCGACGAGCGGCUGUCAUAUUCCGAUUACAAGCCAUCGACUGUGAACGUCCCGACGAGGACGACCUGCCUAUGAUGCCACUACUCGCAGAAGUUGAAGAGAUGGUUCGCAGGGCUGGGAUCAUGAUGAUUCAAUGCAAAGAGAAGAUUGAGUGGGAUGAUGGCGACGAAUUUUAUAAUUCCGCUUUCUUCUUCCAUUACCAUGUUAGGGGGGAUCGAGCCAUCCGAAAGAAGCUGUACGAAGGAUACGGAGGCUCAACAAGCAACCCAAACAUAGGCCGAGAUGAAUGGGAUCCGCUAAGGCAGGCGUGGAAAGUGAUCAUAGCGGAGUGCCUCGCUGAGUAG